AUGAGUUAAGUAUCGUAAAGAUAAAGAAGUCCAUCCCCUUAAUCUCCAGAAAAAGUUGCAUAAAGAGAAAAGGCAGCAUAAGCAAUGAAAAGACGUAACCAAACAUAACCAAGCUUUUUUGAAAAAUAUGCAUACCAUUUGGUAAUAGGUGCAUUUGGAUUUGUGUGUGUUUAUGCAUUAUUUUCAAUUCUAACACGUUCAAGCAAGAAACUGACUACUACUCCUGUAAUUGAUGAGGAAGAAAUUGCUAGUCAUAAUUCUUUAGGAUCUUAUUAAUAAGGACCAAAUGAUUUCUUUAAAGAUUGGAAAUUUAGUGAUGCUAAAUUCAUCUUUAACAAUCAUUUAACAUUCAAAGGAAAAAUACCUUAAUGUUCAGAAAGUGGAGUAAUAAUUCCAGAGAGUUAUAAUUUUAGAGAAGUUUAACCAGAAUGUGCUUAACCAAUCUACAAUUAAGGUAAACUAUUGUUUAAUCGAUAGGAAAUUGUUCAUCCAGCUAUUCUAUCGCUGCUGUCUCAGCUACAAGUGAUAGGUUAUGUAAAGUCAGAAAUGGUGAAUUUUAAGAUUAAUUAUCACCAUAAUCACCAAUCUCUUGUGAUAAUAAAAAUUAUAGAUGUGGAGGAGGAAGUGUUACUAGAGUAUUAGAAGUUGGCAAAAAGUAAGGGUUUGUUACAACCUCUUGUUUACCAUAUACUGGAACUGAAGAAGCAAAAGACAAUUGUGAUGCUCUUUUUACCAAUUGUGAAAAAUAUAAGAUUUAAGAUUAUUGUGUUGUCUCCAGUGAGGAAAACAUUAAAAGAGAAAUUUUAAACAAUGGACCUGUUGUUGCAGUUAUCUAAGUAUUCAAAGACUUUCUUGUUUAUAAAGGAGGAAUUUAUGAAGUAGUAGAAGGAAGUUCAAAGUAUUUCAAAAUUUUUAUUUAGAUUCCAAUAUGGACAUGCAGUCAAAGUUAUUGGUUGGGGAAAGCAAGACGGAGUUAAUUAUUGGGUUAUCGAAAAUUCUUGGGGAGAUUCAUGGGGUCUCAAAGGUUUAGCCUAUAUUGCUGUUGGUAUUGAAAAAAGUAUAUAAAUGUUAAGGUUAAAAUUAAUUACAAUUGGAAGCCUAUUCCGNGUAUUUAUUUAUUGAAAUAAUUUUGAAAUAUAUAUCAAACAAAUUAAUUAAUUAACAAAAUUUAAGAACCUAAAAUGUCUAUAAUAUGUCGUAUUUCAAUGAUUAUCAAAUUAAAAUUUAAGAAUAUAUUUUCGUUGAUAAUAUUAUUAGAUAAUAAGUUUAUGACUUGUAUUGCAAUUAUAUUUUAUGUUUAUAUUAAAUUUAAUUAAUAAAACGUGUUAAAUAAUUAAAUUAAAAUAUGAGUUAAGUAUCGUAAAGAUAAAGAAGUCCAUCCCCUUAAUCUCCAGAAAAAGUUGCAUAAAGAGAAAAGGCAGCAUAAGCAAUGAAAAGACGUAACCAAACAUAACCAAGCUUUUUUGAAAAAUAUGCAUACCAUUUGGUAAUAGGUGCAUUUGGAUUUGUGUGUGUUUAUGCAUUAUUUUCAAUUCUAACACGUUCAAGCAAGAAACUGACUACUACUCCUGUAAUUGAUGAGGAAGAAAUUGCUAGUCAUAAUUCUUUAGGAUCUUAUUAAUAAGGACCAAAUGAUUUCUUUAAAGAUUGGAAAUUUAGUGAUGCUAAAUUCAUCUUUAACAAUCAUUUAACAUUCAAAGGAAAAAUACCUUAAUGUUCAGAAAGUGGAGUAAUAAUUCCAGAGAGUUAUAAUUUUAGAGAAGUUUAACCAGAAUGUGCUUAACCAAUCUACAAUUAAGGUAAACUAUUGUUUAAUCGAUAGGAAAUUGUUCAUCCAGCUAUUCUAUCGCUGCUGUCUCAGCUACAAGUGAUAGGUUAUGUAAAGUCAGAAAUGGUGAAUUUUAAGAUUAAUUAUCACCAUAAUCACCAAUCUCUUGUGAUAAUAAAAAUUAUAGAUGUGGAGGAGGAAGUGUUACUAGAGUAUUAGAAGUUGGCAAAAAGUAAGGGUUUGUUACAACCUCUUGUUUACCAUAUACUGGAACUGAAGAAGCAAAAGACAAUUGUGAUGCUCUUUUUACCAAUUGUGAAAAAUAUAAGAUUUAAGAUUAUUGUGUUGUCUCCAGUGAGGAAAACAUUAAAAGAGAAAUUUUAAACAAUGGACCUGUUGUUGCAGUUAUCUAAGUAUUCAAAGACUUUCUUGUUUAUAAAGGAGGAAUUUAUGAAGUAGUAGAAGGAAGUUCAAAGUAUUUCAAAAUUUUUAUUUAGAUUCCAAUAUGGACAUGCAGUCAAAGUUAUUGGUUGGGGAAAGCAAGACGGAGUUAAUUAUUGGGUUAUCGAAAAUUCUUGGGGAGAUUCAUGGGGUCUCAAAGGUUUAGCCUAUAUUGCUGUUGGUAUUGAAAAAAGUAUAUAAAUGUUAAGGUUAAAAUUAAUUACAAUUGGAAGCCUAUUCCGUAGCCCCUAUUGUAGCAGCCCCUUAAGACAAGGCCGAAUGAUUUUAUC